AUGGAGAAGAGCCUAGCAAACAAAGUUGUGGUCAUCACCGGUGGAGCCGAAGGUAUCGGCUACGAGGUCGCCGACAAAUAUCUAUCAAAAGGCGCCAAACUAGUUUUCCUUCUUGACAUCAACGAAAAAUUUGGCAAUGAAUCCGUCAAAAAAUUAUCCGCCAAAUAUGGAGCCAACAAGGCUAUAUUCAUGAAAUGCGACGUCACCACAGACCUAGUACCUGUAUCGAAAAAGAUUUUCGAAAAUUACAAGGUCGAUGUCCUCAUCAACAACGCUGGAAUUCUCAACGACCGCUUGCUGAAGAAGACCAUCGACAUCAAUGUUACUGCAGUUAUUGAAUGGGGUCUGACCUUCUGGGACCACAUGAGGAAGGACAGGGAGUCGACCAAUUUUUACCUGUUUGCUGUGAUGGGAUUCACAAAGUCUUUGGGCCACAAGGCCAACUACGAAAGAACCGGAGUACGAGUAGUAGCAAUGUGCCCUGGAUUUACUGAGACAAAAUUGACUGCGCAACCACAGGCCUGGGACAUGGGACAAGACAAAGAAUUCGAACAGUUCCUCAAAGCUCAAGCUUGGCAGAAAGUGGAGUCCGUGGGUAACGCUGCGGUGGAUAUCUUCGAAAAAGGUGAAAGUGGAACAGCAUGGCUCAUUGAGGGAGCUAAACCUAUUGUUGAAGUCGCUAAGUAA